AUGGAUGAUGCAUCACUGUCAGUUGCGAGUGUCUUUCAAUCUGUUGACACCGACGAGGAUGGGAUGCUAACUCCACAUGACGUGAUUGAAUGCUUCGUCCGGUGGGAUAUUAGUGUCAACACAGACAAGGUGAGACACCUUGUGAGGCGUUACGGUAGCAACGGUGAUAGAAGAUUGACUUUCUCUGAAUUUGUUGGAUUGGUGCAUCUAUCACACCCAAAAUACUUCAUCCAAGAGAGGUACCAUGAGCUGAAGCAACCUUUGAAUCUUGGAUUGCGAUACUCUCAAAUGAGAGAUCUCCUCGAGGCCUCGAGCCACAAAAUGUCUCGUGAUGAACGCAUCAGUCUUGUUUCGAAGUUCCAAGCUCCGACUUCUAAGUACAACAGUUUUAUUCCCUACGAAUCUGCUUGCAAGCUGCUCUCAUCCGGACUUGUCUUCCUCCACGAGCAACCGUUUCUUCUUCCGAUCAACCCGAGAGCGCGAUGGGGAGAAAUCGUGGUUGCCCUUCACUUUGUCUUUGGGGUGGGGCUUUGGCCAAGUGCCUAA